ACGUAUUAAUGAUUUGACAUUGACAGCAAGGUUUUCGAUAGCCUCUGUAAUACUUCUUCAAAGCAAUCAUUUCUUUAACAGUAAAGUGAUCCGAAUCAACUUAGAAUAACUUGAUUAAAUAUAACUCAAUUAAAUAUGUACCGCGUUAUAAGCACUGAAUUACCAAUAAUUCUACGGAACCUAAAACCAUCUAGGGCUGCCGUUAUAAACCAAGCGAACAAUUAUGCAACCGAGGCUACGGUGGAAGUUAAACCUUAUAAAUUACAUCGACUAGACAAUGGACCAAGUACUACGGUAACUGUAACAAGGGAUCAGGCGAAACAGUACUACACUCAACUACAAACUAUCCGUCGUAUUGAAACAUCUGCUGGAAACUUAUACAAGGAAAAAAUUAUUCGAGGUUUCUGUCAUUUAUACUCUGGCCAGGAGGCAUGUGCUGUUGGCAUGAGGGCAGCGAUGCGUGAUGUUGAUAACAUUAUUUCGGCUUACCGUGUUCACGGGUGGACUUACUUAAUGGGUGUGUCACCACUUGGUGUUUUAGCUGAACUAACAGGAAACCAAAGUGGAUGUGCUCGGGGAAAAGGAGGUUCCAUGCACAUGUAUGCUCCAAAUUUUUAUGGUGGUAAUGGUAUUGUUGGAGCUCAAGUCCCACUUGGUGCUGGAGUUGCCCUUGCCUGUAAAUAUAAAGGAAACGGUGGUAUGUGCUUAGCGUUGUACGGUGAUGGAGCUGCCAAUCAAGGCCAAGUAUUCGAAGCCUACAACAUGGCUUAUCUUAUGAAAUUGCCCUGCAUUUUCGUUUGUGAAAAUAAUGGAUACGGUAUGGGUACCAGUGCCGAGCGUGCUUCCUGUAACACCGACUACUACACUCGAGGUGAUGCUCUUCCCGGUAUCUGGGUAGAUGGAAUGGACGUACUAGCUGUAAGAAGCGCAACAGAAUUUGCCAUUGAAUAUGUGAACAAUGAGGGUCCAUUGGUAAUGGAAGUUUGCACUUAUCGUUAUUCUGGCCAUUCAAUGUCCGAUCCCGGUACCAGCUACCGUACACGUGAAGAAAUCCAGGAAGUUCGUCAAAAACGUGACCCCAUCACAUCAUUCAAAGAUCGGUGCAUCGAAUUAGGUUUAAUGACGGCCGAAGAAAUCAAGGAAAUCGAUAGUAAGGUCCGCAAAGAAGUUGAUGCUGCCACUGCUGCUGCCAAAGCAGACAAAGAAAUUCCACUAGAGGAACUCUGGACCGAUGUGUAUUCAAAGAACCUUGAACCAAAGAUUCGGGACAUUAUUGGUUACACUUUGCAACAUAAGGUACUGGGAAAAGGAGGAGUAAAUAAAUAAACAUUUUUUCUGAAUUAUCUAAUGUAAAUAAAUAAAAAAUAAAACCAGAAAUUAA